AUGGAAGGGGAAUUAGUGGCACUCUCUCUCUUGUCCCCCCACAACAGAGUGACUAAAGAAGUAGAUGCUGCCUCAAAAGAAGCCAAAUCCUUUCUGAAACAGCAAGAGAGAGAGAAAAUUCAGACAGCAACUCCAGCUUCUCUUCCUACAGUCUCUGGGGUGAAAAGGCCAAGUGGCAUGAACAGCCUCCUGGGGAAGAUUGGCUCCAAAAAGCAGAAGAUGAACACCCUGGAAAAAUCCAGACUGGACUGGGAGAAUUUCAAGGAGGAGCAGGGGAUUGGGGACGAGUUGGCUAUCCACAACCGAGGGAAAGAAGGGUACAUUGAGAGGAAGGCGUUUCUGGAUCGGGUGGACCACAGACAGUUUGAAAUCGAGCGCGACAUAAGACUAAGCAGGAUGAAGCCGUAAUGUGGAUGUGGGAGUCCACUCCCCUGUGGACAUGCUGGAGGGUCUGCGGGUGGCUGGCAGCCAUCGACUGAGAACAAAAUGCAAGAACAGUUUUUCUACCCAAGGCUUGACCCCUCUGUCCAAGCAGGUUUUUCUUUUUCCUGUCAUAGUUAGGAGAUGUUUGUCAAUGGGUGGGGGCACUUCAGGGGUUAAAUUGCUCAGCGGAUGACAGUAGCAUAUAGUUCUCUCUGCAGGAGUGACUGAUAUGAUUCUGGUGGGCAGUAUCCAAAAGCUGAAAACCCUUGGCAGGUAUCCUGUGUCAUCUCUGUACACUUCUGGCAGUGAGAUGGGUCAGGCAGACUUCACACUGCAGCACUGGCACAGGCUGCAGGAGUUGGCACAUUUCUGCUUAAACAGGCAAGGUCUAGCACUGCACACAAGGGAGGAGGGGAUGUCUCUACAGUACAGCAGUGCCUACAGAAGGGAGGAUGAAUCAAGGCUUGCAACAUGCUUGAAUACAAAAUAGCCUCCUGGGGUCACCACGGAAAGGUUUCCUGUUCCAGUCUUUUUAUUUUCAAGACUGCUUGGUAAUUGUGUGUCAUUCAGGCCUGUGGAAUUCUAGGUUUCAUCCCUUCCUCCUCCACUUCUCCAGCAGAGCCAGCUGGGUUUGAUUCUCAGACCUCCCAACACUCAACUUUCCUCCCGAAGAGUCUGAACUGUGUCUGUUUGUGUGUCUAUUUUUUAAGCAAGAAAAUUAAUAAAUCCUUCCUGUUUUGUUCCUAUUCAAUUUCCCAUGAAGAGGAGAGCAGCAGCAGGCAGGUAUGGGGGGCUGGUGUCCAACCAUUCAGACUAAUAAAGUAUUAUAUAUGGA